AUUACAAUGCCUCUGCACUUUCUCUUUCACACUCACCCUCUCUCUGAGAGCUGAGAGAAGAGUCUUGGACAGUAGAGUUUAAUCUUCAGACUUUCAGACAUUCUGCAAAAAUGAGGAACUUUAUCAAAGAAGCUCUUUCAGACUUCUUCUUUGAGUAUGAGACUCCCCGGCAGGUGCUGGUGAGAAACCCGAGGGUGGGCAUCGCCUGCAGAAUCCUCCAGCUGGGGGUGCUGGCUUACAUUAUCGGAUGGGUGUUUAUCUAUGAGAAAGGCUACCAGAUCCAAGACAUGGCUAUAAGCUCUGUUUUCACUAAGAUGAAAGGAUUAGCUUACACUGAAACAAACGGAGAGGAGAGGCUUUGGGACGUAGCCGAUUAUGUGUAUCCUGAUCAGGGUGUCUCAUCUUUUGUUGUGAUGACCAAUUUCAUCAUGACUGUCGGCCAAUCACAGGGCAAAUGCCCGGAGCUGCCGGAUGGAUCUAACAACUGCACUACGGAUGCAGAUUGCAAGAAGGGCGAAUAUAAACGUACAGGAAAUGAGAGCUACAAGACAGACGCGACCAUUCAGCCCUUUGAAGAUGAAGUAGGCAAUGCGAGAGGGCGCAUGACUGGGAAGUGCUUAAACAAAUCUUGUGAGAUCCAAAGCUGGUGUCCUGUACAAGAUGACCGCGUGAUCCCAAAUCCUCCACUUUUGGCAGCUGCUGAGAAUUUCACACUCUUCAUCAAAAACUCCAUUUCCUUCCCUGGGUUUGGUGUAGUGAGAAGUAAUCUAGUGGAAAGUGUGACUUCAAGUUACCUCAAAACCUGCCUGUUUGACCCGGAUAAGCAGCCACUGUGUCCCAUCUUCAAACUCGGCGACAUCGUCAGCCUCUCUGGCUUCAGGUUCUCAGAGAUAGCUCAAGUGGGCGGAUCGAUAGGGAUUCUGAUCAAAUGGGAGUGUAAUCUGGACCUUCGUAUUGAAAAAUGCAUACCCAUAUACAGCUUUCAAGGCCUCUAUGGAAACAGUUCGCAAGCAUCAGUGGGCUACAAUUUCAGAACGGCUAAAUAUUACACAGAGGACAAAAUCCAAAAGAGAACACUCAUGAAGGUGUUUGGCUUAUACAUCGAGAUCAUCGUAUACGGCCAGGCGAGUAAAUUUGACAUCAUCCCGACGCUGACGGCCAUAGGGUCAGGAGUAGGAAUCUUCGGAGUGGCAACCGUCGUGUGUGAUGUGGUCAUGCUGCAUUUAGUGCCAAAGAAGGAUUUCUAUAAAACCCUGAAAUUCAAAUCCAUACCUGAGCAUGACAAGGACCCGGAAUCUGUGAAGAUGGACCAAGCAAAGGAGCCAGAAAAAGAAAAUUGAAGGACUUAUCUGCAAUGAAAAUCAGAACAAAAUACAUAUAUACUGAGCUCACAGCACAUGACCAAGAGGAACAAAUCUGAUCUGCAUCAGAGACCUGCUAAUGAACAUGAACAAACACGGCAUAAAAUAAAGAUACGCCAUUUUCUCCGCUUGCCCUCGCCAAUGAAGUGCAAAGAAACUGUAACAUUUAAAUAAAUACAGAGGGUUUGCGGGCAUGCGGUAGCCUAGUGGUUGAGGUGUUGGGCUACCAAUCAGAAGGUUGUGAGUUCAAUCCCAGAUCCACCAAGGUGCCAUUGUUGGGCCCCUGUGCAAGGACCUUAACCCUCAAUUGUAUAAAAAAAAUAAAUAGAUAAUUUAAGUUGCUCUGGAUAAUGGUGUCUGCCAAAUGCUGCAAAUUUACUGAACAGGAAACUGUUGAGCAAGUAUUUUACAUAUCUACAAAGAGCUCAAUGUGUAAAGCUAAAUUCUGAACAUGUACCAAAACAAGGACAUGUAGAUUUACAGUCAUUCUGUGAGCUUCAUGACAAUUCAGACACCCUGUUAAUUUUCAGCUAAUUCAUGUCAAUAUUCUUAACUAUGCUACAUUUCUUUACACAUUUAAGUCAUUUACUUUCAUGAACAGCAACAACACUGGCCUCAAGGGCUGAACCAUAUCAAACAUUAUAAAUACAGUGUUUAUUUCCAAUCCCUUUUACCUACAGUAGUUACCUUAUAGUUUCUAGUUAGAUCUGCAACAAUUACAAAUUUUUCUUGUUAAACAAUCACACAUUUUAUUUUUCGAUACAUUUACAGCUAUGUUUAAUGUUGUGGGAUAUGUAGCGGGAUGUUCACAAGACAAGCUCUUGCUAUAAUACGUUUUCAUUAGACAGUCGUUUCUCUCUUCUUUUCUCCUGUAAGUUAAAUAUACAAGAAUCCAAAAAAAAAAAAAAAAAAAAUUAAUUUAAUGAAUAUAGAUUAAAAUGUUUAAACUCUUGAGUCGCUAUGUCUGAAAUCUUAUGAAAAUGUACCGUUGUACCUUUUACUAUUACAAAGUGAUGACUGUCUUCUUCUAGAAUUCACCAUAUUAUAUAAACACUUACACAUGUUUUUAAUCUGUUUAUGUGGAGCAUCAUUACAAGUCAUGGUGUACGUUAAUAGAUCGAUUCAAAACAAUGACGUAUUAGAGCUUAUUAGUUUAUUAUAGUACAACAGGAUUGUUACAGAAAAUCAACCAGAAUCCAGAAUUCAUCAGUAUUUUAAUACAAAUAAGAAAUAUAUGAUGCAGAACAUCAGCACUGUGAGAGUGAGAUUGCUUUUAUUCGACAGUUUUAAUGCUAAGGAUUCACUAUUGAGUAAGUGUGUCAUUUCACACACAAUAUGGCGGAAUAAAAAAACUUUAUUAGAAAAUAGAUCUCACUAGUGGCACAUCAGCUCGCUGGCCAGCAAGCUCACAACGACAUCUACACUUUAUUUAAAGGUUCAAUAGAUGAAAUUGAUUCCCAUCUUCCUUUUCAUCUUCAUAACUAAAUAUAAUAACUCUUGGAAAGCUGCUUAUCCAAUUAAAAUACUGGACUGUUAGAAGCAUAGAAAUGGAUGCCAUGUAAAAUUCCACCUUUGGAGACACAGAGACUGUUACCAUAUAAAUACUGUUAUAACUCUCGUCAAAAGCCAUUGAUUUGUUUGCCUUUCUAAAUUUUGGAAAAUUCAGCUCCAUGGAAUUAUUACACCUAGUGUUCAAAUAUGGGAACUACAAUAAGAGCCCAUUGCGGCCGGUUCUGCACUGCACCCGUGCUAGCUCUCUGAAUGCUCUUUAAGUUUGGGGGAGGGGCAGUAAACAGGACAUUUAAUGACAAAACCUCUUCUGUGUUUGUCUCACACACAAACAAUGGUGAUAAAUGCACCAGCUGUAUCCAAUACAGUUCAUGUCUUUCUUAAAAUAUCCAUUUGAACUCAAUGUUAUCUAUAGUUUUCUGUCAUUGAUGGCUUGGACAAUUCCCUGCCAGAACACCAGAGGGCGAUCCAGCAGGGUUUGUUUAUGUUCUGUGCCAUGUGCUUUUGCUAGUUUUGCGUUCUCAUCUGUUUGCCCCGUCCGAUCCUUUGCUUCUCCACAGAAUGCUUAGAACCACAUGCUUCACUAAUUAACUUCCCUAUUUAUACCUGCUGUUUUGGGUGUGUUUUUGCUGAAUCCUUUCCACAUGUUACCUGUUUGUUGUGUCCUUUUUGAUUUAUGCAUUUAUUUUCUCAGUUUUUUGGCUUUCUGUUUGCCUUGAUCUAGUGUUCGUAUUUUUGUUGCCUUUGUUUGAUGCCUAGUGUUUUCUUGUACCUGUUAGUUUAGUUGUUAUAUUAAAUAAACCCCACUUGUCUUCUA